AUGCUCAUGGAAUUCAAACUGAUUGUGCCGACGUUCUUUCCAGAUGGCUGGGCCGCGAGUUACGACGUUGGAACGGCUGUAACUCAGAUGGUGAUAAGCUUUAAUAACUUUUGUUUCUCGGCAUAUUUUUUUAUUCUUCUUCUUUUCAGAUUCAAAUCAAAAUGAAGUGGUUGCUUUGCCUGGCUAUUCUUCUUUGCUUGACUUCAUUUUCUGAUGCAUGUGAAAGAGAACUGGUAAAAAACUGCACAAAAUCUUAUGUGACCCUGUUGGACAAGAAACCAGACGAGGGCUCUCACUGUACGCGCUUAAAGGUAACGUAAUAGAUGAGUAGGUUUUAAAAAUACAGGAAUUUACAAAACGUUGCAAAUGAGUCGUCUGACUUAAAUUCUGUUCACGGAAAAUUGCGAAAAAACAUUUUUCAUGUAAGUUGUCCUUAAAGGUUUAUACCUAUCACCAGAUGUAAAAAUAUUGUCAUAAAUGCACUUUCAUCACAUUGGUUUUGAUGAAUUAAACUGAACUAAGAAAGAAAAUGUAGAUAAAAACUUCUUUCCCAAAACAGGGAAGUAGAACUCGCGUCUUUUUAAUAAUUUGGCUGUUCACAGAUUCAUACCAUAAGAGUUUAUCACGGAAGAUAUCGUAUCCUUAUGCUAGCUUGAUAAUAAUAGAUUCACUGAUAAAAUCCCAUGGACCUUGUAAAAUAUAAUACUUGCAAAUACAGACUUCACGAAAUUGUAGCUUUCAAAAGCUGAAGAAACUCAUCCACAUUACGGAUGUUAUUAUAGUUAUACCAUUUUACUACUGCAGGAGGUAUUUGGCUGCUUUUGGUCAAACAGAGACUGCAAGGGUCAAAACAUAAGACGGUGGAGAGGGUGGGUAUUAAUGGUUGCAACUUUGGAGAAGUUUCUUGACAUAUGCCCAAGGGACGAUCAGCAGCUGCAAAAGUUCUACGAAUACCUUCCAGAUGACUGUAAGAACAUAUAUAUAUAGUGUUGACUGUGGUUCGAAAAAAAGAGUCGUAGUCUAUUCUCCUCUUUGUACUUAUCCACUUUGCUUCAUUCCACACCGUGACUAAUAAUUCGAAGGGGGGUUUAACAAUAUCUCGUGCAGUUUUUCUUUUAUCUUUGACGAUCGAUAUGGCCUACGUUUUAUAACGCCGAUUAAUAAUCUUCCUUAUCCUCGUGUGUUUUUUUUUUUUGCUUAUUUAAUCUUCUCACAAAUCAUUUCCAUUUCCCUUUUCUUACCCUAAACAUGUAGCCAAACCAAGACGCAUCUAUGAGCGGUUAAAGGCGACACGUAAGUGGCUAAUAUCAAUUAGAAAAAUAUUGUAGGAAAGUAAGUCUGAAUAAUAUCUACAACUGGAUGUUUCUUAAGAAAUUAAACUCGUCUUAAAAAUGUAGCUCUACCUCUCUUUAGUAAAAGGUUUGAGCUCGUGCCCCUUCUGCUCAUCCAGAGUUAAAUGACAAGGUAACAGUUUUAAGAUAGUUUACCUUUAACUCCCACGAGUAACCAAGAGAGAUUUUCUCCAUAUGAUAUCGUUACAACUCAAGCAGAGUAGUGAUAGGAAUAGAGAGAAAUAUCAAUUAGGGGAUUGUUAGUUCUCCCAUACCAAAUUCACUACGCUCACAUCACAAGAAUAGUAUGGCAGACAGUAAGGAAAAUUUCUAAUUAGAUUAAGCCUUUGAUACAUGCUCAUUUUCACAAAUAUUACCUUCAUAGCUAUAUCUGCUAAGGACAAGCAGUGCGCAACCCAAAUCCACAACUCGUGCAAGAAGCAGUUCGUUGAGCUGGUCCGAAAAAAUCAUCGCAUUUGUGAUGAUGGUGGCUACUGGCUAAAAUGCUAUGGGGAAAGCGGUUGUGACAAGGAGUCGGCGAUUGUCCGCUACGCAAAGUUUGUUGCAGAGUUGGCGCCAAAACUAGUCAGUGACUGUAAGCGGUCUGAGCUGUGAAACCAUUUGGGAUCAAAAAAUUAGUAUAACCAGUUGCAAAUUAGUAUUCAUGUUCCCUUAUGCAGAU